CUCUACGUAUGACCCAACUAGAAAUUUUAAUUAUUAGAGAAAAUGUCUUUGAUGUGCUUCUUCUUGCUUCUCGUAAGCUUCAUCUAUGCUACUGAAUCAGCUAAAGUGAACUUCACCUGCCCGUUUCCUUAUGGAUUUUUUCCGGACCCGUACCAGUGUGACAAAUACUACGAAUGCCGAAAAGGGAAGCCGAAAAUGCGCAUGUGUGGAGAUGGUUUACUAUUCACGGCCAAGACACCACUGUACGAGAACUGCGACUACCCCUUUCAUGUCAAUUGCGGAAACAGGAAAGGAAGACAAGAACCGUACGAAACUCCUCAUUGCCCUCAUAAAUUCGGUUUGUUUCCUCACGAGGAUCCAAAAAAUUGCAGUUAUUUUUGGAUGUGUGUGGACGGACAAGCUAAAAGUCUUACCUGUCAACCUGGUCUGGCAUUUAAUCCCAAAACUGGAACCUGUCAAUGGCCUCAUUUAGUUAAACGUUGCAGGAUAACAAGGCACAUCUCGCAUGGAUUUCGCUGCCCCAAAUACACCCCUGUACAUCUACAGGUAUAUGCACAAGCCCCAAGAUAUCCUCACCCUACCGACUGUAAUAAAUAUUUCGUUUGUCUCUAUUCUUUCGAAGUGAUGCUAAGGACGUGUCCGAAAGGCAUGGUGUUUAAUUCGGUGACGUCACAGUGCGACAAACCGAGUAACGUACCCGAAUGUGUUGGUUUCUUUAAGAGAACUUCUCCGUACAAAGACAUAUUAAAUAAGAAACUACCAACGUUAUACUACAUUUAAAAAUAGUAUUAAAUAAGAUUCGAUAGUACUGUAGUACGUCAAUUUGACGUCACACCUCACUAAAGAUGACGUUAAAACGUACGGAUCCUAAGUUAAAUAUUAGUACAGUAUCGUGAAUAUUCUUAUAUAUAUAAUUUAUCAUUCAUUCUUGUAAAUUUGAAGGAAGGUUUUUUAAGAUAUUAAAAUCAUUUAU